AUGUUGAAUAAACUAAUAGAAGUGAAUAUUGACGAUGACGAACGUACAGCUAGAAAAAAAUUGUCACCAAUGAUUAAAAAUAUUCUUUGGGUUGGAAUUUGCUGUUUAACGUUAGUAUUAAUGAUAACAGUUCUCGCAAUUAUGCGUAAACUAACUUUACAAUUAUUACUGUUAAUUAUCAUAAGUACAGUUGCAAUUUUUUGUGCUACAAGCAUCUUUUCUGUGCAAUUAUGGCAAAGAUCGAAGAAGAGAAACAUGGAAUCAUUAAAAUCGAAUAAAAAGAGUGUGUUAGAUAAUAUUGUCAAUCUAACAAGUACUGGUUUAACAGUCUUAACACUUCUAUUAUCAGCAUCAGUGAUGUCGCCACUUGAUUUAGGCUACGGUUCAUUCGCAAAUUUUGUUGUAUUUCUUAUCUAUAUGUCAACUGUUAUUUGGAUAAUAUCAUUUGUAAUGUAUAUCUUAAUUAUUACAAUUGUUUUCUUCUGGAAAAAAAGUUCUUCAAUUCACCAACAGUUAUCUUAUGGAACGGUCUCAUUUUUUGUUGGAAGCUUUUUAACGUGCGCGUUAUUUAUGUUAACAGUAGCCAUGCGAACAGGUUCUGGACCUGUCGGUUUCGGGCUUGGACUUGCACUGGCAUUGAGUCAUGUUAUUUUUAUUGGUGGUAUUGCUGCAGCUAUUUUUUAUGACACAAAAAGAUUGAAAAUUCUUUUCGCUGCUCUAGCUAUUAUCGGAUGUGUUGUAGUCAGUCUUAUACUAUGGUACUAUUUGAAUGAUGGUUAUGCUACGAAAAUAAACGUUAUAACACCAACAGAGAGAUUUCCACAUAAUCUAACUCAUGACCCAUCGCUAAAUGGGAACUACUCGUAUGGAUUUCUUACAUACGGAAGUGGAAUGGACAAUCGAAUUGACUAUGGCUCGAAAGCAUCAAUUAUAACACCAACCAUUGAUUUAUCUUCAAUAAUUACUUUAUCAACAUUUAAUAAACAAAAUUUUCAAUUUGAUGAAUCGACUCUUCCAUUGAACGGUAGAAUAUGGUACCCAGCUAAUACUAGUAGCGGUCCAUAUCCCAUUGUUCUAAUGGUACACGGUAAUCAUAUGUCUACGGGAUCGAGUGAAAAUGGUUACGAAUAUUUGAGUACAAUGCUCGCUAGUCAAGGCUUUUUCACUGUUUCAGUGGAUCAAAAUUUUCUAAAUCUUGCUCCAUUUUAUUCUUCAACUGAAUAUGGUCAAAUGUCGAAAAUAAAAAAGUAUGAUGUUAGUUUCAGUCGACGACCGGAGUUUAUCGCACGAGCACUCAUUCUAUUGGAAACAUUAAAACAAUUACGUUUAUGGAAUACACAAGAAAAAAACCAAUUCUACAACCAACUAGAUUUAUCCAAUAUUGGUUUGAUGGGUCAUUCACGUGGUGGUGAAACUAUUGCUAUCGCUUAUGUGUUAAAUAAAUUAAAAUUUUUACCUGAUUAUCCAGGCAGUAUUUCAUUGAGUAAUUACAACUUCGAAAUAAAAGCAUUAUUUUCUAUCAGCGGUACAGACGAUGGUUAUACGCCGUUAGGAUACAGUCUCGAAUCGCAUGAUGUAACGAUGUUUGGCAUUCAUGGAAUUUAUGAUGCUGAUCUAUUGUCGUUUUCAUUCCAAGGUAAAUUAAAGAGUCUACGAUUUACAUCGAACAGUAGCAUCUAUAAUUUCAAAGCAUCACUUUACGUACAUCAAGCUAAUCAUGGACAAUUUAAUACAAAAUGGGGGCGGUAUGAUCUGAUUCCGGGAGUAAAUCAAUUCAUCAAUGUUCGUCCACUAAUGAAAGCCGAAGAGCAACAACAUAUUUGUAAAAUGUAUAUGGCUGCUUUAAUGAAUAUUGUUUUAAAAAAUCAAACACAAUAUUGCAUACUAUUUGAAGAUUAUCGUUCGGGACUCCGCUAUUUACCUCAUACGAACUAUAUAUCAACAUUUCAAGAUUCAAAAGAAAUUAUCAUUGCCGAUUUUGAAAAUUAUGAUGUGACCAUUGGAACAAUUGCUGGAUCGAAAAUCAAUGCAACGAAUUUAUUGUUGUGGGGUUCUGUUUAUGUUGAGGUUUAUCGUUCGGCAAUGUUAAUUUUGCAACCAAUGAAAGAUUUAAUUGGAAAAUAUGCAAUCAAUUUGCAAAAUCCAGUCAAUGGAUCUAGUGUAAGAUUUAUGAUUGGUCGUACGCCUGAAGGAUUAGUCAAUAAUUUAACAGUAUUGCUUUGGUAUGAAAAUGAAACGUUUGAUUCUCAUGUAGUACACGUACUUCCUGCUCUUAGCAAGCAUACAUAUAAACUAGGGUCAACAGAAUACGUAACUGCCGUUCAGACAGUGUCAUUUCCACUGACAUCUGCCUUUGCUGGCUUAGAAUUCGUUAUAAAUGAAACGAAUGCACAAUUUUUGAUUGAUAAUAUAGUCAUUGCGCGCUGA